AUGAUCAAACGAAAACCCCAAGAUCUCCAGGUCCCAGUACCAAACUUCCCUUUGUCAUCGCCUAUCAGCGAAGAGAUCUCAAGUCCCUCAUGCUCCUCGGAAGACCAGGAAGAACGAGACCGACCCUUUGCAUUUCUAUCUAAGGCAACACGACAACAGCUUGAGGCGAAAAUCAAAGAUGGGAAUCGCUCACCUAUUUCCACUCGCGAAUCCUCGAGACUCAACAUCCGUAUCACCAAGAAACGUAAAAGCGUCGGGAAACCAGUCGGGCUGAACCUCGUUACGGAUUUCACCUUAGCGCCGGCGCCGAGGAAACAGGCCAUUCGAGCAGAACCGAAUGCGGCUGCGCCGUUCGUCGAUCUGAAUGAUCUGAAGCUCCUUUCAAAGGUGCGGGAGAAGGAACGCAUUGCUCAGAAAUCAAAGGAUACAUUCAAGAGGAGGGUUUCACGGGGCUUCCAACGGUUACCCGAUACAAACAGCCAAAAUGGAACUGCAACCUCGUUUUUAACCACCAGAGAUGAAAAUCCGUUCCACGAUAGACACGAGCAUGCGGUCUCGCCCUCAGACCGACAUGUCAUGAUCGGACUCACUGUGCCCCGCAGCGAGUCAGUAGAGAGAUCACAAGAGCUCGACGGUGCAGGCACCCCGCUCACACCAUCGAUUAUCGUCACCCCAGCAAGAGGCGAGGCACCAUGGAACGCACACUCAAACUCGAGCACGGAGAUGCUCCGUCCAAGGGCAACAUCAAGUAUCUACUCGCAGCCAACACCCCGUCUGUGGCAGUAUGAAACAGAUGUCCCACCUGUGCCAGCUAUUCCCGCACAACACUCGGCUGCUACCAAAACUCCUGCCCCAGAGACCGGGUACCAGAACACAGGCGUAGAAAGGAACGAGCGUGCCCUGUCAACAGGAUCAAUAUGGGAAGACGACAGUCCACCCCAGUCACCAGAAACAGUCCGCUCAACCCAAAAAAGCCAGCAACCGGGCCGUCUCAGCGUCAACACCCAAGCAGACGAAGAUAGACCCCAUUCCCAAGGCUGGUGGACAUGCCUCCUCUCCCCACUGCUCGGACGGUCCAUAAAAUCCCCCCUCAGUCCAUCCUUCCCACAAGAAUCACCCUCAACUCCAUCGCCAGCAACAACCACAACCCGCGCGCCUGAGCGAAAAGAAUGGAUACCACGCGAAAAAGAAAUAUCCUGCUUCUCACCCGAUACACCAGAGACUGCGGCACCAAUGGGCGAAAAGGCCUUCGAGAUAUCCCGCUCAUUCGAAACAGACCAACACCAAGACCCCGAACGCCACCAAUCCCCACCACCAGCAUACGUCUCAAACGUCUCAAGUAGACAAAAUACCAUGUCCUUCAUGUUCAGCAACAACCAGACAAUCCAGGGCGAAGCAGCUGAGUACUAUCAAGCCUGUGCACACGAGCUAUUCAGCAAGACGCCGUAUUUCGAGUGCGUUAAUCACGUUUGCUCGAUCACGCCUGUCAAUCCCGUUACUGUUCCAGCAGGAGCCAUAAACCCGUCUGCAGAGGGUGAUCGGGGACUUGGGCUUGUUGCUGUUGGGGAGCCUGGAGUAUCUGAUAUUGAAGGGACGCAUGAAAAUGUAAUCCAGGAUCCAGGUCCGUCAACGACGUCGACUAAGAAUUCCGGACUGCUUAUUGAUAUCGAUUCGCCUCGGCCUGAGACGACAAAGUCGUCCAUUCCGGUUGGGUAUGCCGUUCACGCGAAGGAGGUGCAGGUGCUAUCGCCGUCGUCGGAGUUCAGUUCUCAUACGUGGGAUUCGUCUGUUGUUGAUGAGGGUGAGAAGGAGAGGGGUUCGGCGGCCGCGCAUGGGACUAGGGGUGGUGUUUCGGAAUCUAGGUCUCAGCGUGCUGCUUCGCCUCCUAUUCCUGUUCCUGUUGUUGCGCCGCCUGUGCAGGCAGUUGACAGACAGGUUUUGGAACCGUCUGCAUCUGCCCCAGCGUCAGUUCCUAUUCCUAUGCCUGAGCCAACUCCCGCUGCUCCUAUUCAAAUGCCCGAGCCAACUCCCGCUCCUGCGCCAGCUCCUAUCCCAGUACCUGAGCCAACUCAGGCUCCCGCUCCCGCUCCCGCUCCGCAGAUAAUCACUAAUAUCUCGCCCCCGGUUACUAAUUUCCAUUACACUACGCCUCCGCCGCAGCCUCAGGUACAACCUCUGCAGCCGACGGUGCAAUAUGUGCCAGUCUUUGCUCCUCAGCCCCCUCAGCCUGCACAGCCAAUGGAGCCGGUAAUGCAACAGACGCAACCAGAGGAAUCGUCACGAGAAAUCUCGGAACCGCCGAUGGUCCAGCCAGUACCGGCCCGUCAAGUAUCAACGCCGAGGUCAGAGUGGCCAUGGGGACAGCCACAAGCGCAACGAAAGGUUCAACAACCAGCUGCCCAAAGACACUUCUCCGGGUUUGAGUGGGCUUAUACCCAAGAAGAACAACCGCAAGAACAACCUCAAGGACAACCUCAAGGACAACCUCAAGGACAACCGCGAGAACUUCCUGUUGCACAAACAUCACCUCAACAGUCCCAGGUCACAAAUGGACAGGCUCCUCCCCAGACACGACAAGCAACCUAUGGUCAGGCAACCUAUCCUAAAGGGCCGCUUGUUGUCCAGGGACGGCAAUCCGGUUCUGGGUGGCCAUUUGGUCUAACCGCACAUCCCCACUCCAAUGCACCACCUGUGCCGCCUCUGCCACAACCCCAGCCCACCGGAGCGGAGGUUCAGCCUCAGCCAGAGGAAUCCCAACCGUCAGUGCCUCAGGAUCGGCAUAAUACGCACGAAGAGCCGCAAGCAGAACGCGGAUUACACCAAGGGUCUGAGCUUGCAUCCCAGGGACAUUCACAACCUUCCGAGCCUAUCUCUCCCGGUUUCCAGCGUGCCGCCGGUGGACCUGGCUCGAUUCCAAUGUCGGAUAUGCAGGCUCCUGCCCCUGCGUACACGCAAUAUCCCAGAGAAGCUCCUCUCCCAUCCCGUUAUGAUACGCAGCCACGCUACGACAAUGAUCCUGCAGCUGCAGUUUCGAGCGUUAACCCAAGCGGCGCGAUAGGUCCUUAUGAGGCCCGACGCCGCAGACUCGAAAAGGAAGUCGCCACUGGCCGAAGAGUCUGCAAUCCCUGGCGUGGCCGAGGUCUAUUCAGCAAGAAGAGCGGACGACCUGGACGCGAGGGUCGUACUCGACGGAGAUGGUAUUUCGUGAUCUGCAUUUUCUUCUUCAUUAUCGUGACGCUAGCCACCAUUUUAGCGAUCACACUGACAAAGAAAGGACACGAUACUCCCGUUCAAUCGCGGUGGCUAAACCUAACAGGCUAUCCGCCCAUGCCGACUGGAAUCGCAACAAUUGUUGGGACCCAGCCGCAGCUUGAAAAAUCGACCUGUAUCACUCCUUCUUCGAUGUGGAGUUGUGCUUUGCCCAAGGAUCAGCAGGAUGCGAAUGAGCCGUACAAUGCGAAUCAGCCCAGUUUCCGGGUUUCCAUUAGCUUCCAAAAUGGUACAUACGAUAACAGCACUACUGCUAGGUCGAAAUUACGUAUCAGAGGCGACGGCCCUUUCAACCCAUCGCCUUCAGCCCCGACAGACGCAGAACAGAGCUUCCUCGGCCAAUACACAGACAAUAACACUGCACCCUAUGCCGGCGAAGAAACACCCUUCUACAUGUCCCUCCUCUCACCAGUUUCACUCUCCUCGGCAAGCAUCUACCGCCGCUCAGAUACCUCCAAUGGCACCGCAUACCCAAACAUCUCAUCCAUAAUCCCAGCGCCAGAAGAAAACGCAGACGGAACCCCAUCCGCAGCAAUGCUCUACCCCCUCCCCUCAUCACAACCAAUUCGCCUCUACAAUCGCGGUCUCGCAACCGAGCACUACGGUUUCUACAGCUACUUCGACAAAUCCAUCUUCCUAACAUCCCAAACAAAAUCAUCCCCGGCCGACACAAACGGCGGAACCUCAAAAUCCGACGCAAAAUACAGAUGCACAUGGUCCCAAACCCGUCUCCUAAUCCAAAUCUGGACACAACCAGACAAAAUCAACCGCCCCCUCCUCCCAAAGUCCAACAACACAGCAACAAGCACCACAACCUCUUCGCCUACAACAACAAAAUCAACAUCAACAAACGAACCUACAUCCUCAUCCUCCGCAACAGACUUCAUCCGCCCAGGCUCAUUCCCAUACCCGGUAACAAUAACGGUUGACCGCCACGGCGGCGCCGAGAAAAAGAAAAUGGUCUACUGCUACCCGCUCGAAGACGACGGCCAUUACAAUAUCACGGCUGUGCAGCUACAGCUUGAGGAACGUGCUGCUGGGGGUGAGCUUGUUAAUCCUGCUGGGGGACUUUUCAAGGGUCUUAGCGAGACGAAGAAUGCUACGACUGAGGAUGCUUUUGGUGUUGAUGGUGGUAAUGGCGGGUGUGGGUGUCAAUGGGUGAAUUGGAUAUCGAGUGAGUAG